AUGACCCCCCUCCGCCGCCGCCUCCUCCUCCCCGUCAUCCGGCAAACGCGCCCCAUCGCCUUCACCCCGCGCGUUUGCAACUACACCACCGGCGCCCCGGCCACGCCGAAAAAGUACAACUUCACCUCGAUCUCCUCGCUCGUGCAGUCUCCGUCGGCAAAGACGGUUCUGGUCGACGUCCGCGAGCCCUCGGAGUUCUCCGCCGGCGCGAUCCCGGGCGCAAUUAACCUUCCGAUCGCGUCCGCGCCUGACGCGCUGAGUCUGCCGCCCGACGAGUUUGAGGAUCGCUUUGGGUUCCAGAAACCCGAGAAGAGCUCGGAGCUUGUGUUUUACUGCAAGGCGGGAAUCAGGAGUGCGGCCGCUGCGAGGUUAGCCCUGCAGGAGGGGUAUGAACAUGUUGGGGAGUACCCAGGGAGCUGGAUGGAUUGGGUUAAGGAGGGGAAAUGA